AUAAAAAGGUUCCCCUCUCGUCUGUUCGAUGCAGGUCUGGACACCAUCUACCUCCUGACCCUGAAAAAGAAUUACGAGUUGAGGGUGGACAUGGAGGACUUUGACGGACAGAAAGCCUACGCUUUCUACUCCUCCUUCGCCAUCUCUCCCAAAGUCACAGAUCCUGAACUGGAUGGCUACAAACUCCAGGUUACUGGCUUUAAAGAUGGAGGAGCAGGGGACUCCCUCACCUACCACAGCGGUAUGAAGUUCUCCACCUUCGACCGAGACCAGGGCACCAAGUGUGCGGUCAGCGCGGUCGGAGGUUAUUGGUACGACGCGUGCUACUUCUCAAACCCAAACGGUCUUUAUACGUGGGGAUUGAACUCACAGAUUGGAGUCAACUGGAGGGGAUGGAAGACCUUCUACUCUGUGAAAGCCAUAUCCUUCAAGAUUAGGCCUGUGAACCUGUGAAGGUCCUUCACAAAGUCCUUGAGUUAAAACAUUGGUUAUAUGAACUGUAUAUUGUCCCUUCAAAAAUGCUCGAUUGGAAGAUGUGGUGUUUUCAUUCUAUGCACAGUGUAACACAUUGAUCUCAGUCAGUUGUCCUAGAAAACUAAAAACU